AAGUCUCUCACCACUGUAAUGUGAGGAUCCAUCGUUAAGCUAAAUAUUCACAGACCUUCGUACAAAAAAUUUUGCCCAGUUGAAACGAAAAUUAAAAUAACCGCGAUGAGUGGGAACGCAAAUAAAAAUUUUCCCAAGAAUGUGAUUCACAUUUACGACGGAGACCGAUUCGAGGACCUGGAGAUUGAAAAUUCCGAAGAUGUUUUACGCGGAAUCGACAACAUUCUGGAGAACUUCGAGAUAAAAAUUCUGAACCCUCUGAGGAGUGACAAAAAGCUUCUUGUUCUCGACGUGGAUUACACCCUCACCUGUUACGAGGGAACUCCUCGGGAUUUCUUAGACGACAUGAUGAAAAUUGUCUACGAGAACUACGACAUCGUCCUGUGGUCAGCCAUGACCGGGGAAUUCACGGAAACCAGAAUCAAAUCCUUGGAACUCCUCGGAAAUCCGAAUUACAAAAUUGCGUUCUGUCUCGAGAGAGACUGCAUGGUUCCCGUCUUCAGUUGGAAAUUCGAUGACUACAUAUACGUAAAGGCUCUGGACUUGAUCUGGAAGAAGUUCCCGAGGUAUUCCAUCAAGAAUACGAUAAUAUUCGACGACAAUUGGAGGAAUUACGCCCUGAACAGGACGGCGGGACUGAGUACGACGAGGCAUCGCGAGAGUUCCAGUCCGAAUGGCAGAACUGAAUUAUUGAGAGUCGCUGAAUAUCUGACUUUGGUUUCGAAGCUUAUCAACCUGGAUAUCUUCGAUCAUAACCAGUGGAUGUCCAACCAAGUUCUGAUAGGCAAGCAGAACAUCAAAUCGUUUGAAAGAGCGACCACAAUUGAAGAUGAGGUGGCCAUGAGUUCUCUUUCAUCCGACCCCCACAUAACCCUCCACCUCCUCUCCUCAUCCCCAAUCCCUGAGCUGCCCUACCAUGGAAGAGAGGGCCCACCGGGUCACAGGCUCAGCAAAACCCUGACGUUCGUCGAGAAAGACAAGCUGAAAAACGAAAUUGAACUCCUGGACCUCGUGAGCCCGGAACUCUACGCCUCCGAGAUGACGAGAAAUGCAGAAAAAUGGGACGUUGAAGUGCUGAGCCCCCUGAGGGACGGCAAGAAGCUCCUGAUCCUCGAUCUCGGGUACACCCUCUGCGAUCCCGACGUCCCGUCAUUCCCCUCCCUCAAAGCGAGACGUCCGCAUCUGUCCCAGCUGCUGACCCGAGUGUAUCGUCACUAUGACAUCGUCAUCUGGUCCGACAUGACCCGCGAGGAUUCGUCGGAGGCUCUCCGAGAGAUGGGGAUCAUCAACGACGAAAAUUACAAAAUAGCUUUUCACCUGUCCUUCGAAGAGAUGAUGACAGUGACAACCUCUCAGUCGGGUUCUGUUCACUUGAAACCUGUGGAGUUCGUCUGGAAAAAAUUCCCGGAGUUUUCGGCGAAAAAUACAGUUAUAAUCGACGACAACAAGUGGUACUUCGCCCUGAACUAUCAGUCCGGGUGCGAGGUGAUGCCCUACAAAGCGAGGAAUGAAGAUUUGGACGUGGAGCUGGAGUUCCUGGCGAGUUAUCUGGAAUGGAUAGCGUUCUUCGAUAAUUUUCAGAAUCUCAAUCACAAGAACUGGAGGUGCCCCAGGAAUGUGGUGAUAGGGAAUAAAAAAAUUGUCGAUCAGAAACGAAGAGUUGAUAUCGAAUGGCACCUCAACAAGCUGAAGUUCGUGAAUGUUCCUGAGGACGUGACAGUCGGGGAACUGAAGUAUUUUAUUCAUGAUACCAUUGGAGUUCCAGUCGCCCGACAGGUUCUCCUGUUCAAUGUUCCUGUGGGGUUUAAGUACGAGGGUGGACGGGUUCUAGAGGCAGAUGUGGGAAGUCCUGAGACUCUUGCGUGGAAGAAACUCUUGGAGAAAAAUCGCUGGAACGUGGGAUACGAAGAGGCGGGGGGGAAAGCACUUCCCAGAGAUAGCUGUCCACGUGUUCAGAAGAAGACAAGAAAGUCUUUCUGAUCCAUUCACGAAUAGUCAGUAUGGAAUUCUUGUGACAUAAAAAUAGUAGGUCAACAGAACCUCGUGAUCAAACAGUCACAGGUCAAGUACAAGUUC